CACCUGAUAGACUACAUGGCUGAAAUCCUGGAACAGAAGGAGUCUAAGGAGACUAACUUCAAGGUGGCCGUUGGCACUCUGGAUGCCAGCGCCAAGAUCUACUCGGCGCGGGUGGACGUCAUCCACACCAACACCUACAGGGUGCUGGGAGGCUUGGGCAAGGAUGUGGCACCUGCAGACGACGUGGAGAGCCCAGAAGGAGAAGCCAGCACAGCUCCUGAGGCUGCCAAGAGAGCUCAGAAGAAGAGCAAACGAAGCUUCAAAACCAUCGCACAGGACAUGAGCAGCAUCAACCUGCCCGAGGCCAGCCGCCGCUGUGAGGUCAAUCCCAUGUUCCAGAGGACAGCUGCAGCCUUUGACCAGUGCAGCACAGCUGGUGUCUUCCUCAGCAGGACAAACACCUCAGGCUGCCACAGUGAGCUGCUCUUUGACUCCAAGCUGUUUCCUCUGCCUGCUGCACCCAGCACUGAGCCUGUGGCAGUGCCAGGACUGAAGGCCCUGCUUGAAGAAUGCCUUGAGAAACGUCCCAUCUGCUCCUCCCUGGCUGGCUUCCAGUUCACCAAGUGGGAUGCUGACAGCCAUGCUGAGUCGGUGUCAGCCCUGCUGGAGAAGCUCAGGAGGAGCGAGCAGGCCUUCGAUGUCACCGCGGCGCCCGAGAGCGACCCCGAGGAGCCUCCCGGCCUGCCCCACAGCCCCUCCGGCUCAGACUCCCCCGGGGGGGCAGCAGCAACUCAGCUGGGGCACUUCCAGGAAGACCUCACACUCAGCAGCAUCUCUGCUCCUUCCAGGGGGGAUGUGAUGAGCUUGGAAGGAGGAGACAUUUGCACCAUGAGCCUGCACCUCUCCCUGAAGGCAGGAGAGUAUUCCUACUUCAGCCCCCGCACGCUCUCCAUGUGGGCCGGCCCCGAGCACUGGCGCUUCAAACCUCCCCACAGAUCUAGUACUCAGACUGUGGGAGAGAGGAAGAGCAGGGCCAUGAGGAAAGCUUUUGAGCUGGGCUUUGAUGAGGCCAUGGAGUUCAAGGGGCACUUCCGUGAGACCAAGGCUCCUGUCACUCUAGCCAGAUCCCUUCUGGACAGUGACAACCCCAGGAGCACCACACUGCCUCCAGACUUCAACUAUGACCCUGUCAAUGUUCUCCAGCUGUUCCUCAAGCCAGAUGUUAAGAUCUCCAGGCUGUUGUCUGCAGGCAGCUCCUUGGAGCCCGGGGCUGGGGUCGGUGACUAUGACUACAACAACCCCAACGAUGCCUCCAACUUCUGCCCUGCCCUGCAGGCUGCAGACAGUGAGGAUGACAAUGACCUUGCCCACUGCACAGGCCAGGCAGAGGACUUCAACCUGACUGCCUACCCUGGAGGCCAAGCUGCUGAGCUCAGCAGAGCCAAUCUCACAGCCUAUGGAGAGCUGAACCUCAUCCCUGAGCCCCAGAAGGUCAACAAGUUCAUGAUCCAGUAUGCAAAGACAGCCAAGAAAAUUGACAUCAAGCACCUGAAGAAAAACAUGUGGGGCCUGCUGACUGAGGACCAGGAGAGAGAUGCAGCAGAGGUGGAAAAUGCAAAGCAAAAGGAGGACAAAUCAGUGGUGGCAGGACAGAAGACCUUGAGCAGCAUCACACAGGAACUGCAUCACAGGUUGCCUUCCUCAGUGGCUCAGGAGCUCUCUGUCCCCUUGGCCUUUGCCUGCCUCCUGCAUUUGGCCAAUGAGAAGAACCUGAAGCUGGAGGGCAUGGAGGACCUCUCUGAUGUCAUCAUAGUCCAGGACACCUGA